GGGCGGGGGGAGGUGGCGACGAGGGGCCGAAGGUCGGGGGGGAGGGGACAGGCCAGGGUGGCCCCGGGGCCAGCGGGUCCCCUCGUCCCCAAGCCCCCGAGGCGGGUGUCGCCCUCCCGGGACCUUCCCCGAGGCGUCCCCCGGUGCGUGUCCCCGUGUCCCCCCCCCCCGCCGCCGCCAUGGAGCCGCUGGGGACCGUCGCCGUGGCGCUGCUGCUGGUGCUGGUGGCCACGGGGCUGGUGGCCCGGUGGCAGAAGGGCCAGAGGGAGCGGGGCCACCCCCCGGGCCCCCCCGCGCUGCCGCUGCUCGGGAACCUGCUGCAGCUGCGGGCGGCCGACACCUGCCGGGUCUUCCGCGAGCUGAGCGAGACGUACGGGCCCGUCUUCUCCCUGCGCCUGGGCUCGACGCCGGCCGUGGUGGUCCUGGGCUACGAGCUGCUGCGGGAGGUGCUGGUGACGCGGGGCGAGGAGUUCGCCCGCCGCGGCCGCUUCCCCCUGGCCGAGAAGAGCAGCGGCGACCGGGGCAUCUUCAUGAGCAGCGGCGAGAGGUGGGCGCAGACGCGGCGCUUCGCCCUCUCCACCCUGCGGGAUCUGGGGCUGGGCAGGAGGGGGCUGGAGGAGCAGAUCCAGGAGGAGACGGAGCUGCUGCUGGAGGAGCUGCGGAGGACCAAGGGGCAGCCCUUCAACCCGGCGCUGCUGCUGAGCGCGGCCGUGGGCAACGCCAUCUGCCGCAUCCUCCUGGGCCGGCGCUUCGCCUACGGGGACGCCGAGUACCGGCAGGUCCUGCAGCGCAUGGCCCAGAACUUCCACCUGGAGAGCUCCAGCGCCGGCCAGCUCUACAACCUCCUGCCCGGGCUGAUGGAGCUGCUGCCGGGUCCCCACCAGACCUUCUUCCGCAACAACGCCUUCAUCCAGGACUUCCUGGCCAGGAAGGUGGCGGAGCACGAGGCCACCCUGCACUUGGUGGAGGAGCCCCGGGACUUCGUGGACGCCUUCCUGCGCAGGAUGGAGCAGGAGAAGGGGACGGCGGGGACGGCCUUCGGGAGGGACAACCUUCAUCCCACCCUCUUCGACCUCUUCAUCGCCGGCACCGAGAGCACCAGCAUCACCCUCCGUUACUGCCUCCUCCUGCUGCUGGAGCACCCCGAGGUGGCAGGGAAGGUGGGGCAGGAGCUGGAGCGGGUGGUGGGGUGGGAGCGACCCCCGGCGCUGCGGGACAGGGGGGCCAUGCCCUACACCGAGGCCUUCCUCCACGAGGCCCAACGGUACCUGGACCUCGUCCCCCUCGGCUUCAUCCGGACGGUGACGCGCGACACCCCCCUGGGGGGCUACAUCCUCCCCAAGGGCUGCACCAUCUACCCCGUGCUGAGCUCGGCCCUCCGUGACCCCCGUUUCUUCAAAAACCCCGAAACCUUCGACCCCGGCCAUUUUUUGGAUGAAAAAGGGGGGUUCAAGAAAAGCGAAGCCUUUUUGCCCUUCUCCGCAGGGAAGCGCAUGUGCCUGGGGGAGAGCCUGGCGCGGACGCAGCUCUUCCUCUUCCUCACCGCCAUCCUGCAGCGCUUCCAGCUCCGCCGCCCCCCCGGCGCCCCCCCCUUCCGACCUGCGCCCCAAGUCAUCGGCAUCAUGAACAUCCCCCGCCCCUUCGAGGUCUGCUUCUGCCCCCGCUGACACCCCCCAUCCCCCCCCCCUCU